AUGCUUGUUCUUCUGCCGAGCAGUAUCGACAUGGUCAAUGCUGCUAACUGCGGGGCCAAGACGACAACCGACAAUCUCCGUACCGUGGAACCCGUCCAGGCCGUCAGCUUGGCAGAAUCUCCCGACUUCGCUGCUGCAGAAGAAGAGCGAGGGGCCCAAAACGCUGGAGCUGCUGCGCGUGUCGUCGGAGGAGCCUCUGUCCCGGUUAACGGUCCUCCGUCAACAGUCGGUGACGAGAUGGUCACUGUCACAACUUUCGAUGGCAACGGCUUCUUCCAGCGCGUGGGCAAGUGGUGGAGCCGCGCAUUCGGCGCCGGGAACGAGAAGUCGCGAAGAAUUCGACAGUGA